AUGUCAUGGCAUCCCCAGUACCGGAGCUCCAAGUUCCGCCACGUCUUCGGCAAACCAGCCAGCAAGGAGAACUGCUACGACUCGGUGCCCAUCACCCACAGUGUCCACGACAAUCACUUCUGUGCUGUGAACCCCCGUUUCAUUGCAGUCGUGACUGAGCGCUCCUGUGGGGGGGCCUUCUUCGUCAUUCCCUUGAACCAGACGGGAAAGUUGGACCCCCACUACCCAAGGGUCUGCGGGCACAAAGGGAACGUCUUAGACAUCAAGUGGAAUCCUUUUAAUGAUUUUGAGAUCGCCUCCUGUUCUGAAGAUACCACAAUUAAGAUCUGGGACAUCCCCAAGCAGCUGCUGACAAGGAACCUCACAGCCUGCAAGAAGGAGCUGAUGGGCCACACCCGCAGGGUGGGCCUGGUGGAGUGGCACCCCACGGCCGCCAACAUCCUUUUCAGCUCUGGCUACGACUUCAAGGUGAUGGUCUGGAACCUGGACACAAAGGAGUCUGUAAUCAUGAGCCCCGUGCGGACAAUUACCUGCCACCAAGGCACGAUCCUCUCCAUGUCCUUCAACACCAACGGCAGCCUGCUGGCCACCACCUGUAAAGACCGCAAGAUUCGGAUUCUCGACCCCCGGGCAGGGGCCGUCCUCCAGGAAGCCAACUGCACGGAGCACCGGGCCAACAAAGUGCUGUUUCUGGGGCACCUGAAUAAGCUGCUGUCCACAGGCACAUCCCGAUGGAACAACCGGCAGUUGGCCGUGUGGGACCAGGACAACCUCUCCAAGCCUCUCUCAGAGGUGGACCUGGAUGGCUCCUCGGGCGUGCUGUUUCCCUUCUAUGAUGUGGACACCAACAUGCUCUACGUGGUGGGGAAGGGAGAUGGAAACAUCCGCUACUAUGAGGUGAGCGCCGACAAACCUCACCUGAGCUACCUGACAGAAUACCGCUCCCAUAGCCCACAGAAGGGGAUGGGUGUCAUGCCAAAGAGAGGUCUCGACGUCACCUCCUGCGAGAUCUUCCGCUUCUACAAGCUGAUUACGAGCAAAGGCCUCAUUGAGCCUAUAUCCAUGAUUGUACCCCGGCGGUCGGAGUCUUAUCAGGAGGACAUCUACCCGCCCACGGCAGGCGCCUGGCCGUCCCUGACAGCCCAGGAGUGGCUCCGUGGCAUGAAUAAAGAGCCAGUCAUGGUGUCCCUGAGGCCCUGCUCUGAGCUGCUGAGCCCCGAGCCGCUGCUCCCAGAGAGACCCCCGUCCGUCUCCACGGCCCCCUCCAACCAAACAGAGAAGGUGGUUGUAGAAGAUGGCCGGAGAUCCUUCUCCCUGCCGGAGGAGACGGCGCCCAGGCAGGCAGCAGCAGAACGCAGGCCGGAAGAGAAGACAGCUCGGCUCACAAACGGCUUUGACAUGAUGGAGUGUCCCCCACCAAAGACAGAGAAUGAGCUGCUGCAGAUGUUCUAUCGACAGCAGGAGGAGAUCCGAAGACUCCGGGAGCUGUUGACCCAGCGCGAGGUGCAGGCCAAACAGUUGGAACUGGAGGUCAAAAACUCGCGGAUGGGCUCAGAGAGGUUCUGA